AUGUUCCGGCGCUACAGCCUGGCAGAGGUGCUACAGGCGACAGACAGCUGGGCGAGCUACAACCACCUGGGCAGCGGGGGCUACGGGGACGUGUACAAGGGGGUUCGUCCCCCCUGUCAACCGCUUAUGAGUCAAACCAUGCCUCUCCGUUUCCCUACCACGUCCCCCCACCAGUCCCAGGCCUGUUCCGGCGCUACAGCCUGGCAGAGCGGAGGAGGCGGGAUGGUGGGGGAAGGCGGAGGAGCAGGCGUGGCAGGAGAGGGCGCACGAGGGAGUGUGAAGGAGAGUGUGAGAGGGAGUGUGGGAGCGAGUGGGAGGGGAAGUGGGAGGGGAAGCAGUUGGGGGAGUAAGAGGGGGGGGAGUGGAGAGGGGGAGGUGGGGAUUACAGUGGAGGCUGGGGAGCCGCAGGAGCAGAUCAUCAUAUACGAGUUCAUGGAGAACGGGGAUUUGGAGCGCGUGUUGAAAAACCUUGCCUCACAGCCUGUCAGUCUGCAGCAGCGGCUGGAGAUGAUGAUAGGAGCAGCGAGGGGCCUGGAGUACCUGCACAGCUUCUCAAUGGUUCAUCGGGACGUGAAGCCAGCCAAUAUCCUCCUGGAUGGCAACUGGCAGGCCAAGAUAGCUGAUUUCGGGCUGACCAAGAUGGGAGAGGGCAACGCGUACAACCCUCAGGACUCCACUAGAGUGCUCGGCACGCCGGGCUAUGUGGACCCUGUCUACGGUCGCACCCGCAAGGCCACCCCUGCAAACGACGUGUUCAGCUUCGGCAUCGUGAUGCUAGAGCUUCUGACGGGACGAAGGGCCAUUGUGUCGGUGUCUAAGGAUGACGAUCCAAUCAACAUCAGCAAAUGGGUAAUGGGUCAACCAGCUGCCCCCUUAGUGGAACGUGGGGACGUAGCUGCAUUCAAGGACCCUCACCUGGACGCUCCUGAUGAUGUCAUUCUACGGCUUGCACGCCUCGCCAUGAAAUGCACAGCAACCCCAGCUAUGUCCCGGCCCCGGAUGGUGAAGAUAGUUGCAGAUCUUGAAGGGAUUAAGGAGGAGCUGUUCAAGUAUGGCACGAUGAUGUUCGAAGAGGAGCCUGCAGUGCUGAAUCAGUCGUUGACUCAAGUUAUCUCACAGCAUUCGCUUCCGUCGCCGCACGGAAGUUCUUACUCGCUCCCUCUUCUCGUUUGCUCUCGCCCCCUGCGACAGCAAACGCUCGAGCUGCGCUCAGUCGCGGCCUGCCGUGUUCGUCUCUUCGCGAACUUGACGACAACCGUCACCCGGGACCAAACAACCGCCAAGAUGUGCGGAAUUCUCGCGGUUCUUGGAGCUGCUGAUGCGUCGGCUCGCACCCGAGCAAAGGUCCUCGAGUGCACCGCCAGGCUGCGCCACCGUGGACCCGACUGGAGUGGUGUGCACACGUUCGGCAACAACUUCCUCGCGCACGAACGGCUAGCCGUCAUCGACCCGGCAUCCGGCCACCAGCCGUUACGCAACGAAGACGGCAGCAUCGUGGUGGCCGUCAACGGCGAAAUCUACAACUACCAACAGCUCAGGGACGAGCUCAAGGACCGCCACAAGUUCAACACCGGCAGCGACUGCGAAGUCAUCGCGCAUCUCUAUGAAGACAUGGGAGAGCAAGCCGUUCAGAAGCUGGACGGAAUCUUCGCGUUCGUGUUGCUCGACACCAAAGACGGCUCGUACAUCGCGGCGCGGGACCCCAUCGGCGUGUGUCCGCUCUACAUCGGCUGGGGCCGCGACGGCUCCAUGUGGUUCGCAUCGGAAAUGAAGGCUCUUAAAGACGACUGCGAGCGCUUCGACACGUUCCCGCCGGGCCAUAUCUACUCUAGCAAAGACCACAAGCUCCGUCGCUGGUACAACCCCGCGUGGUACGACGAGCACAUCCCCUCCGCGCCGUACGACCCGCUCGCGCUGCGCGCCGCGUUCGAGAAGGCCGUCGUGAAGCGGCUGAUGACGGACGUGCCGUUCGGCGUGCUUCUAUCGGGGGGCCUCGACUCCUCGCUCGUCGCCGCCGUUGCGCAGCGCCAUUUGGCGUCUACCGAAGCGGGAAAGCAGUGGGGACCGCAACUCCACUCCUACUGCAUCGGCCUCGAGAAUGCACCUGACCUGCGGGCAGCGAAAGAAGUCGCGGAUUACAUCGGCACGAACCACCACGAGCUACACUUCACUGUACAAGAGGGCAUAGACGCGAUUUCCGAAGUGAUUUACCACACGGAAACCUACGACGUCACCACAAUCCGCGCCAGCACGCCCAUGUUUCUGCUGAGCCGCAAGAUCAAGGCGCUGGGGGUGAAGAUGGUGCUAUCUGGGGAAGGCAGCGACGAGGUGUUUGGAGGGUACCUCUAUUUCCAUAAGGCUCCGAGCAAGGAGGACUUUCACGUGGAGACUUGUCACAAGCUCAAGGCGCUCCACAUGUACGAUUGCCUGAGGGCCAACAAGGCCACGUCAGCAUGGGGGCUGGAGGCGCGUGUUCCCUUUCUUGAUAAGGAAUUCCUUGACGUGGCAAUGAGCAUUGAUCCUCAGUAUAAGAUGAUUCGCAAAGAGGACGGCCGCAUUGAGAAGUGGGUUAUCCGACGGGCCUUUGACGACGAGGAGAAGCCGUACCUCCCCAAGCAUAUCCUCUACAGGCAGAAGGAACAAUUCUCUGAUGGCGUGGGGUACAGCUGGAUCGACGGUCUCAAGGCACAUGCCGAAAGGAUGGUGUCGGAUCAAAUGAUGGCCAACGCUCCCAACCUCUUCACGCACAACACUCCCAAGACCAAGGAGGCCCUGUUCUACCGCCUCAUCUUCGAAAGGCAUUUCCCCCAGCUGUCCGCUCGCCUCACUGUCCCUGGAGGCCCCAGCGUCGCCUGUAGCACGGCAGCGGCUGUAGCAUGGGAUGCUGCCUGGCAAGGCAACAUGGACCCAUCUGGCCGUGCUGCUCUGGGCGUGCACGCUGCUGCUUAUAACGAGGAUGCAUGUGGUAACCAGAAGGCCGGUAACCGUGUGACGACGUGCGUGGAGCAGGCUGGAGUGGUGGUGGGGGGUGGGAGCAGUGGGAAGAGGAGUCAGGGGGGGGAGGAGGGGCAGCAGCCUGAGUCGCCUCCCAAAAAGAAAAAGACAGAUCUCGUGAUGCCGUAUCUGGCUGUAGCAUGA